UGGCAAAGUCGAUGUAUGCCAAAAUCCUGGAGCUUGGCGACCUUGGGUUUUAUGCAAUACAAAUUUACAACCUCCCCCGAACACGUAUACUACAGGAAAGAAACGCAUGACACAGUGAAAAUUUGUGUUCACCUCAAUACGUCGCAAGCCACUUGUCAUCAUCUUUAUCUCCCUCUACUUUAUAAUGCUGCUGGACAGAACAGAGCGAAAAGGUGUGACGUCAUGCAUGAUAAAUCACAGCAAGUAUUGGUAUUGUUGCUGUUUAUCUCGUCAUGGAGGCGCAGUAGUUUGACGGCGUGUAUGGGGAGGAAUUUGGUGUGGAUAGGUUUGUAUCGAAUGUAAAAGUGUCUGGGUCUGGAAGAAUGCGCGAUUUGUCAUGCAGCUUUUCCAUGACCCAUGAAGCCUGGAAAAAUGCAGGACCUAGAAGCAUGUCAGAUUCUGUGCGAUCUCUCUCAUGCCUAUCCUGCGUGAGAAACUCCCUCCCGACUUGGCCAAAACUGGACGACUUUUGGCAAAAAUCACGCAACACAGAUUUUUGCAUGCUUCAGAUUUAGCAUGACAGGUUGCAUUCUUCCAGACCCAGACAUUUUUACAUUUGAUAGUUUGUGCACAAUGACAUAA